UUAGUAAUAAUUAAGCUGUGAAAGUGAUGAAGUCGUUGACUUUAACUUGCAUUUUUAUUUCAAUUAAGUGCUUUUGUGUAGCUGAGGAUUUAUUUCCUUUAACAAUAAUACACAUGAAUGAUAUGCAUGCACGCUUUGAGGAGACAAAUCUGUUGGCGAAUAUCUGCAAGGAAAAUGAAAAAUGUAUCGGAGGCUUCGCUAGAGUUGUGACUAAAGUUAAGGAACUAAGAGCAAAAAGCCCUAAUCCAAUUUUUUUAAAUGCUGGUGACAAUUUUCAAGGAACUUACUGGUAUAAUACUUAUAAAUGGAAUGUGACACAAUAUUUUUUGAAUUUGGAACCAGCUGAUGCUAUGACGAUAGGAAAUCAUGAAUUUGAUGAUGGCAUCUCAGGUCUUGUGCCAUUUCUAGAGCGAAUAAAAAUUCCAGUAGUCAGCUGUAAUAUCAAUGCAACUCUGGAGCCUAAAUUUGCUGAAAAAUUCAAUAAUUCAAUAAUUCUUGAGAGAAGUGGACGAAAAAUUGGCAUUGUUGGAGUCACUACAACUGUUCCAUCAGGCUGGGGAAGAGCUAAAGUUCUGCCAGAAGUUGAAUAUGUCCGGAAAGAAGUUGACAAGCUGGUAGAGCAAGGAAUAAAAAUUAUUAUUGUCCUGUCACAUGCUGGAUUGGAUUUUGAUCGAGAAAUUGCAAAGCAUGGAGGUCCAAUAGACUUAAUUGUUGGCGGACAUACACAUUCAUUUCUAUUUUCUGGUAAGCCAGUUGGUCCAGACAAGCCUGUUGGUGAAUAUCCAACAAUAGAAACCCAAGAAAAUGGUCGUCAUGUUUUGAUUGUUCAGGCAUCAGCAUUUAAUAAAUAUCUAGGAAAUAUUCAACUGUUUUUCGAUGAAGAUGGAGAAGUUAAGAGAUAUGAAGGUGCUCCAAUAUUUUUAUCACAUGAAGUGCCACAAGAUCCAAUGAUUCUAGAAGAGCUGAAACCAUGGAAAGCAACACUUGAUGCUAUUUUUAAAAAACCAGUUGGAUGUGUUAAGCAUGAGCAUGACUCAUUCUGUUUUGAACGUGAAUGCGGAAUGGGAAAUUUAAUUACAGAUUCAAUGAGAUGGGCGUUCCACAACAAUAAAAGCGAAGGAGAAUGGACAGGAUCUCCAAUAGCACUAGCAUUAUCGGGUUCGGUGAGAGCUGCAUUAUCUCCAGGAGAAGUCAUGCUAGGUGACCUAUUUGCAACAACACCAUUUGGAAAUAAAUUAGUUUCAAUAGAACUGCCGGGAUCAGCAAUAAGAAAAGCUCUUGAAUUUUCUGUGUCCAAAUCAACUAUGCGUGUACUGCAGGUGUCUGGAGUCAAGGUUGUCUUUGAUUUGAGUAGAAAGCCUUUUGAAAGAAUUGUCAAUUUAGAAGUUUUGUGUCAAAAAUGUGAAGCUCCUCAGUAUGAAGCUGUAGAUGACGAAAAACAAUACAGAGUAGUUCUUUCAGAUUAUACAGCAAAUGGUGGAGAUAACUUUACAAUGUUUACGAACGAUGCUCGAAAUAGGAUUAAUGGACCUUUAGAUAUUGAUGUUCUUGUUGCUUAUGUUAGGUGCAAAACACCAAUUGAAGCACCGCCACUGACGAAAAGGAUUCAGUUUUUGUAAAAAAAAAAUUAGGAAUUUACUUAAUAACUUACAUCCAAUAAUUUGUUCCUUUGCUUGAUAACUUGAUCAACGAUACCCAAUAUUAAAAAACAAUUUAAUCAAAAAAAUAGCCCAAAAUGUUCAUUAUAAGUCAC